UCUCCUCGUUGACUGACCUUUCUGAAAUGUCUACUCUGACUGGGAUCGCCAUUUCUACCGGCGCCAAACUCUGUUGAAAUCUCCACCACAGAACCUGAAGAAGCUGGUCGUUCAAGCACACCUGAGUAACUAUGGCGGAAACCGAAGCUCCUAGACCCAGACAAAGACCGAUCGUACGCUUGGGGAUCUUCCUCAUCUCCCACAGCUUCUCCUUCAGCGUCGUUUGCUGCACUGCCGGUGUUUUGGCUCUUUUGCUGCUACCGAUUCUCGCCAAGAACACCUACAUUUCAGAAAAUGCCCUAAUGCCAGGUUCGGCGAAUCCAAUGCUCUCCAAUCAGGACGUCUUAGAGGCGAAUAGAUUUGUGAAGGAUUUAAUUGCUUUGAAUUCGAAGCCUCGAGGUUCAGGCAUAGAGAGUCAGAGACUGAUAGCACAAUAUAUGAAAGAUUUAGGUGCAGAAGUGAACUAUCACAAGUUUCAUCCUCAAAUUACUCAGUUUCAUCCGUUGCAGUUUUUCUCUAGUCCUGAUUCUGGAACAGUUGAGCGAAACAUCAGUUGUUCAUUUCAUGGUGUCAACACUGUUGGAAUAACAAGAGCACCACGUGGGGAUGGAAAGGAAGCUAUUGUCCUGGUAACUCCUUACAAUUCGCAGAAAAUUAAGCAAGCUGAGGCUUUGUCCUUAGGCACCGCAUACUCAGUAUUUUCCUUGCUUUCCCGAGUCACUUGGCUGGCCAAGGAUAUUAUUUGGCUGGUUUCGGAUUCCCAGCAUGGCGAAUAUGCUGCAGUUUCUGCAUGGUUAAGAGACUAUCACAUUCCUAUGUUUACUCGACUGCACACAGUAAAUGCGGAAACAUGUCCUGAUAUCAAUUACUUAUAUGAUGUGAGAGACAAUUCAGUUACAGGAAGAAAGAUAUAUGAUGGAUUUAAACGUGCUGGGACCAUGGCUGCAGCCCUUGUCAUUAAGGUAGUGGACAGAAGUGAAACGUUCGAUGAUAAUCUUAACAUCUAUGCUGAGGCAUCCAACGGGCAGAUGCCAAACCUUGACCUCAUUAAUAUUGUGAAUUAUUUAGCUGUGCAUAGGCAAGGGUUUCGAGUGAAGGUUGAGAAAUUGUGGUCUCUACUUGACUCCAAAUGGCUCAAGAAUUUGGGAGAACUAUUUGAAUCAGUUGGCCAAGUGGUGAGUAGCAUAAAUCCCCAAUGGAAAUUCGGUAUCCCAGCAGCUGAUUAUACCGAGGGCAUUGCGACACUUGCUAGUUCAUUGUAUAACCAGGCUUUGGGAGUUCCUACUGGUCCUCAUGGUGCUUUUCGUGAUUACCAAGUUGAUGCAAUUACUUUGGAACUUUCACCCAGAGCUUCUGUUGAUAAAAUCAUCAGACAAAAUGACUUCUUGUUACGGGGUGGCCGAUUAAUUGAAGGAGUCAUUCUAUCUGUCAACAAUCUUCUUGAGAAGUUCCACCAGUCUUUUUUCCUCUACCUACUAACAUCUCCCGGUAAAUUUGUGUCAGUAGGCGUCUACAUGAUUGCUUUUGCACUCCUUGUUGCACCACUUCCUAUGGUUGCAGCAUCUCUGUAUGCCGAUGCCAUCAACUUGAAUUCUUCACAGAAUAACGAAAAAACCGUUGCUGAUGAACCCGGUACUGCUCUCAGAUCAUUGAAAUGGGUUAAUGCAGCCAAGAAAGUUUUUGUUGUUCACUUAUGGGGCUCUGUUGUUUCGUUACUUCCUUAUUUUAUCUGUCAAAUACCCAAUCGCUCUCCAACAGUCAGCUUUAUCAUCUGGUUUCUACUUUCAGUGCUCAGCUUUUUUAUCAUGUUCUUGAUUUUGGCUUCUCCAUUUUCUCAUGCCAAAGAAUCUCAACUUCAUCUUAGAGAAUGGGCUAUUUUGAAAUCAGUGACCAUGUCAGCUACCUUCAUUGGUUUGUGUCUCAUGUCAGUCAUUAACUUUUCUACAGCAGAACUUGGUGGGUUAUUGUUGGUUCCAAUGUGUUUGAUGGCUCAGCCAAUGAGACGCGAUAUUAGAGUUGGCAGCUUGAGUACUCUUUCAAGACUCGCAUAUAAUCUAGUUUUUUGCCUUAUUGGAUUCCCACCGGUUACUUUUGUGUUGCUGAAAGGUGCUUUUGAAGGUUUCAACAGCAUUAAUGUUGGUGACUUCUGGUGCUGGGUGGAAUCUCUUUGGGCUUGGAGCAGUGCUACUUACCUCUAUAUAGGUAUGGUUCACCUUCCAUGCUGGGUAUUGUGCAUUCACAUUCUUUUUCAUCAUUGUUGACACGUCGUAGUCAAACUCUUCAUGUAUUGUUGAUUGGUUGGAUCGGCAAAUCAGAAGAUUGAGAGCAUUAUUGUGUUGAUGUCAUGUCUUAGCUGAAGUUUUAAGUACUGGCUAGUUAGAGUAUACGUCCCAUCAGGCAUGUGAUUUUUCAUCACUGAAACUGAAACUAGAAGGCAUUCUGUAUCUUUUCGGGGCGGAAAGGGGCUCUACGAUCACCCGAAACUCACGCUCUGAGGAAGCCUAUCUGGCUAUCUGUCAACUUGUUUUGUUGAUCCUCUGCGUUGAUAGCUUUAGAAAGGUUGUUCAUCCUCAUAUGGUGAGAACUGUUAGAAUGCUUAAUCACUGCAUUGUAUUAGCUCGUUCACUUUAAAUUAAACUACCACUGAGCUUUUUUCUGAGUGGAGUUUAUGAACGCCUGAACAACUAAACCCGAGCUACUUUGGAAUUCCAUUGAGUACUAAUUUCUGGGUUAGAGAAUUUCAUACAAAGAGCCUUUUUGAGGGUUCCAUCUAAAUUUUUGUCCUCGACCUUGAGACUUGUAUUAUUGCUGAGCAAGUAGUAUCGCUCUAAAUGAAUAAUAUUUGUAACGGUUGC